AUGGCGACAACUCAUACGGUAAUUGAUGCUGUUAGCCCUCUAUACAUACAUCCUUCUGAUAGUCCUGGUUCCUCACUAGUUCCGAUUCCAUUCAAUGGAAUUGGAUACCGUUCCUGGAGAAGAAGUGUACUCAGGGCUCUUUCAGUGAAAAACAAGUUAGGUUUCAUCAAUGGAGAUAGUAGAAGACCUAAUGUAACGUCUCCAUAUUUUCGUCAAUGGGAAAGGUGCGACGAUAUGGUCACCUCUUGGAUCUUAAAUUCUCUGUCAAAGGACAUCGCUGACAGUGUCGAAUAUGUGAAUGAUUCUGUUGAAUUGUGGAAGGAAUUGGAGGAUCGAUAUGAUCAGGCAAACGGAGCUAAACUGUAUCAAAUUCAGAAAGAGAUCAAUGAUUUGAGUCAGGGGGUGCUUGAUAUCACUGACUACUACACAAAAAUGAAGAAACUCUGA